AUGAUUAAGUGCGUAAGAGCCGGCAGCGGAGUGGCCAGUAAAACGUUGGAACUUGGCGGAAAGCCUGCACUAUUCAGAAGCAUAUCUACUUCCGCUAUCGUGCAUGUUGACGCUACCCUGAACGCUUCUGCUUCCACUUCAAGACCAGGUGUUGCCUCAUGGCUUCUUCGCCAUGGCCCAGUUCUUCGAGUAAAGCCCGCGGGUCUACCUCCUCAGUGCAGACACGCUUCCAGCGGUGCCUCAACCAGUGAUGGAGGCCUCAACCACACGGCCCUUCACGAGCUCCACGUCAGAAACGGGGGUAAAAUGGUUCCAUUUGGAGGCUAUUCGAUGCCAGUACAAUACUCCGACCUCGGCGUAGGAGACAGCCAUAAAUGGACUAGGGAAAAAGCCAGCCUCUUUGACGUGGGCCACAUGGUACAACACCGUAUGUCUGGCCCAGGCGCUGCACCUUUACUCGAAAAGAUUACUCCUUCAUCCACAGCCUCCCUCCAGACCGACCAUUCGACCCUUUCCUGCCUCUUACACCCAGCUACUGGAGGUAUAGUCGACGAUACCGUCAUAACACGCCUUGGUCCUGAACUGUUCUAUCUCGUCACCAAUGCGGCGUGCAAAGCUAAUGAUAUGGCAUACCUCGAAGAACAAAUUGAAUCCCGUGAUACAAGCCACGGUACCGUGGAAUGGGAGGUACUCAAUGACUGGGGUCUCGUAGCUCUGCAGGGUCCGCUAAGCGCAGAUAUCUUGCAGCGAGCGCUCGUGACGGCUGGGGUAGAGGAUGUGGACCUCCAAGCUUUAUACUUCGGGCAGUGCAUACAUGUCACCCUCAAUCUCUCCCCAAAGCAAUCGUCCGACACAGACGCUCCAAUCUUGAUUUCUAGAGGGGGCUACACAGGCGAAGAUGGGUUCGAGAUUUCGAUACCGCCCGCACUCACCGUCGCAUUUACGACUCACCUCUUAGAGAGUGGUGGACGCGAACGAUUACGAUUGGCAGGCUUAGGAGCUAGGGACAGCCUCAGACUAGAAGCAGGCAUGUGUCUUUAUGGGCAUGAUUUGGACGACAAGACUACGCCCGUCGAAGCGGGUUUGAGCUGGAUUGUGCACAAAGACCGGCGGGCAAAUGGAGGAUUCCACGGGGAUGAGACGAUACUGAGGCAACUGCGACCUGUUAAGGAUGGAGGCUCAGCGCCGAAGCAUAGGCGAGUAGGCUUGAUCGUUGAAGGGGCACCAGCAAGGGAGGGAGCAGAAAUCACGAAUCCCGCAAGCCCAAUUUCUGCGGAAGUGGUCGGAAGGGUGACGAGUGGGUGCCCUAGUCCAACACUGGGAAAGAAUAUUGCAAUGGGAUACGUCAAAACUCCCCUCCAUAAGGCCGGCACUCCGAUCGAAGUCUUAGUCAGGGGAAAGAGGAGGAAGGCCGAAGUCGUAAAGAUGCCUUUCGUGAAAAGCCAAUACUGGAAACAGGCCGCGGGUACAUCACCAGGCUAA